GGGAGCGAGGAGGGGGGAGGAGCCAAUGGGAGGCCGCGCAGCGCAGCUUCGGCUCAACAGCUUGUUAUUUGGGUGCUGAGUGGCGCCGCCGCCGCCGCCGCCCGAGUGAGAGAGAGGCUGAGGGGAGGAAAGAGACCAAGAAGAAGAAGAAGAGGAGCCUCCAGCCGCUCGCUGGCUGAGGGGAAGCCGUGGAGCCCGGAGGGGGGCGGGGAAGGAGCGAAGGCGGAGCGGAGCCGCUGCUGCUGCUGCUGCUGCCGCCGCCGCCGGGAUCGGUCGCCCUCGUCCUUCGCCGCUUGUUGCUGGUGGUGGCGGUGGGAGUGGGACGGCGGUGCCUUUGGGCCGGGCCGCCCACCUCCCUCCACCCCUCCCUCUCUCGCUCCUUCCUCACACACGCGCCCGCCCGCUCGCCCGCCGGCGGAGGAGACUGGCUCGGUUUGGGAGUUGGUGGCCGAGCUCGAACGGAGGAGGAGGAGAUUUUUUCAGCUGUGGUAAAGACAAAGGAUUUGAGCUGGAAUCCCUCAAAUAACCUUCUAAGAUGAAGGCAGCCGAUGAGCCUGCCUACCUGACUGUGGGGACUGAUGUCAGUGCCAAGUACCGGGGUGCCUUCUGUGAGGCAAAAAUUAAGACAGUAAAACGACUGGUGAAAGUUAAGGUGAUUUUAAAGCAAGAUAAUUCAACUCAGCUAGUGCAAGAUGACCAGGUGAAAGGACCUUUACGGGCUGGUGCAGUUGUUGAGACCAAGAUGCCAGAUGGAUCCUUUCAAGAAGCUGUCAUCAGUAAACUGACCGAUGCCAGCUGGUAUACUGUAGUGUUCGAUGAUGGAGACGAGAGGACACUGAGACGGACAUCAUUGUGUUUGAAGGGGGAGAGGCAUUUUGCAGAAAGUGAGACACUUGACCAACUGCCACUAACAAAUCCAGAGCAUUUUGGAACACCAGUCAUUGCAAAGAAAACCAACAGAGGAAGGCGAUCCUCUCUUCCUGUUAACGAAGAUGAAAAAGAAGAAGAAAGUAGUGAAGAGGAGGAAGACGAUAAGAGACGUCUUAACGAUGAAUUGCUUGGUAAAGUUGUCAGUGUGACAACCAGUUCUGAGGAUGGAGAGUGGUAUCCGGCUUUGGUCUUAUCCCCCAGCUGCAGUGAAGAUAUUUCUGUGAAAAAGGACCAGUGUUUAGUUCGAUCUUUCGCAGAUUCCAAAUUUUAUUCCAUAGCAAGAAAGGAUAUUGAGGAAUUAGACAUGCUGAACAUUACAAAACAGGAGUUGUCCUCUAGAAAAGGGUUACAAGAGGCCAGCAGCUUCUUCAGUCUGAAAGCUAUACCUGCUAAUUGGAAGAUGGAUAUGCGUGAGAUUUUGGAAUCCUCGAGCAGCGACGAAGAAGAAGGAGCUGAAGCUCGAAGUGAUGACGAAGUGGAGGAAAAAACUGAGAAUAAAGAGGAAGAAGUAGUGCCUGAGGAGGAGCUUGAUCCUGAAGAGAGGGAUUGUUUCCUUCAGCAGCUUUACAAGUUUAUGGAAGACAGAGGAACCCCUAUAAACAAGCCACCUGUUCUGGGAUAUAAAGAUCUUAACCUCUUCAAACUUUUCAGACUUGUACAUCAGCAGGGUGGGUGUGACAAUAUUGACAGUGGAGCCGUAUGGAAGCAAAUUUAUAUGGAUCUUGGCAUUCCUAUUCUGAACUCAGCUGCUUCCUACAAUGUAAAAACUGCUUAUAGAAAGUAUCUCUAUGGUUUUGAAGAGUACUGCCGCUCUGCAAACAUUCAGUUUAGAACCAUCCACCACAAUGAACCAAAAACAGUAGAAGUUGUGCAGACACAAGAAGAACCAAUGGAGGAAAGUGUGAAAGAAGAGCCAGAGAUGUCCCCUAUAGAGGUUCAGAAUGAGGCAGAAGAAGAUGAUUGUAGCAGUGAAAGUGAAAAAGAAGACGUUGAGCAGAUGUCACCAAGGGGAAGAAGAAGGCUUGUCCGUGACAUCACUGUUGCUAAAAAGGAAAGCGAAGAGGAUAAAGGCCAGGACAAACUAAAAGAUGUCAACAAGGAGAACAAAGAUGCUGAGGAAAUGUCCAAUAAUGCAGAAAAAAGGGAAAACGAAAUGGCGCCGGGAAGCAGGAAAGCCACACCAAAGCAAAAGGAAAAGAAAGUGAAACAGGAAGAGGAAUCUGACAGGGAGUCAGAAGAAGACGAGGAGAGGAGGGAUGAACUUGAAAACCGAGGGGAAUCGGAAGGCGAAGAGGGCGAAGAAGACACGGAGCCAUGCUUAACGGGAACCAAAGUGAAAGUAAAAUACGGUCGUGGGAAAACUCAGAAAAUUUAUGAAGCCAGUAUUAAAAGUACAGAAAAUGAUGAUGGCGAAAUUUUGUAUUUGGUGCAUUACUACGGCUGGAAUGUAAGGUACGAUGAGUGGGUGAAAGCGGAUAGGAUUAUUUGGCCUGCAGAGAAGGGAGGACCAAAGAAGAAGCAAAAGAAAAAGGCAAAAAGUAAAGAAGACUGUGAGAAAGAUGAAAAGAAAGAAGAGGAGAAACAAAAAGCAAAACGUGGGCGUCCUCCCCUGAAAUCGACUCUUCUAUCCAACCUUUCUUGCACUCUAUCCAAAACACCUAAUAGCGAAAGUAAACUGGGAGUCCGAAGUGUGCGCAACAGUCUUCCGGAUUGCGCACUCUUGCCAAAUGGGACAGAAGGAACGCCUCGUAGGCAAACAAGACGCAGCUCAGGAAUGUUGGAUUCUGACAGAGGGUCAAAUGACUCUGUUUCAUCUGACAGUGAUGCCGAGGAAACUUCUGAAAAAAAUCUAAAUGAAGAGUUCUCUCCAGCCCAUUCUGAACAAGGAAAAUAUGAGAAACGAACAGCUGAGAAAUCUGGUGUAGAGAUCCCACGGAUCUCACAGGUGCUGAAAGACAAUGAUAGGAAUCAAGUCCCUACUUCAGAAGCACUGAAGUUAGACGCCGAAGAAGCCGAAGAAGCAGGUCAUCUUUUUGGCAACAAGAACGAUCACGGAGAAGACCUGAAGAGAGAGAUAGAAAAAUCGCCUAAAGGAAAAGGGAGGAGGAACAGAACAAGAGAUUCCUCCCUAGAGAAUGUAAAAAUCGCAGCACUAACCCAGGAAGAGGUAAAUGAACAUCUUGGAGAAUCCGAGAGAUUAGAUAUGUCCACUUUGGACAGCAAAUGUUUAAGCACCAGUUUUGAAAAUGAAACGGAUCCUUUUGCAAAAGAUAGGAAACUUUUGAAAAGGAAGAUGAUAGAACAACCAUCCCCAGACAAACGAGGGCGACCAGAGAACGAAAUAGAUGUGCCAAAUAUUGUGAAUGACAGAAGAACGCAUGAAUGUUCUGGGACAGAAGAAUGUAAGGACGUCAGGGCUGAGGAGUCCCUCGGAAAUGAGAACGAGGAAAUGCCAUCCUUGGUGGCAGAAUCGGAUCAGCGCCUUCAAGUUCAGGGAGGUGAGCAUUCCGAUAGUUCCUCUGAGGCCCAUCAGAAUGCCCUGUUGAAAGAUGAAGAUGACGCCAUGCCUCAGAUUGGGCCAGAAAACCUCCUUUGUCACGAGGUGGACUUGGAUGACCUUGAUGAGAAGGACAAGAGCCUGCCGGAAAGCUUUCUCAUGGGUAAACAAGAUGCCAGCCAUCCCGCUCCGAACCCCCCUGCCUUGCCUCCGGUGAUGCAGCCGGGCUUCUCUGCGGCCUCACCUCUCGCCCUCAGCCAGGACGAGUCCCACAGCAUCAAAAGCGAAAGCGACAUCACCAUUGAGGUGGACAGUGUGGCUGAGGAGUCUCAGGAAGGCCUCUGUGAAAGCGAGUCUGCCAACGGGUUUGACGCUUGCACCACUUCAAGCAACGGGAGUGUGGCCGUCCCAGAAAGGGAGAUGGGAGAGAAGGGUCAAAAGAGGCCCGGUGACCAUAUCAGCAACUCAGUAGCAAAGAAGCAAAAGCGUACCCCAAAACGAGCAAGCACUGUAGCCAAAAAUGAAAAAAAUGGAACAGGUCAAAGUAGUGAUAGUGAGGAUCUUCCUGCCCUAGACAGUUCCAGCAAAUGUACUCCAGUCAAACACAUGGGUGUGUCCAAGCCACAGAAGCUGACUAGAUCGCCUGCAAGAGUAGCAUCUCCAAAUAUCAAAGAUGGGGAUAAAGACAAGCAAAGGGAGAAGAAUCAUCAGAAUGUUUCCCCAAGAGUGUAUAAGUGGAAUGUCCAGCUCAAUGAAUUAGACAACAUGAGCAGCACGGAGCGGAUCUCCUUUCUUCAAGAAAAACUGCAGGAAAUCAGGAAAUAUUACAUGUCUCUGAAGUCAGAAGUUGCCACUAUAGACAGGAGAAGGAAACGAUUGAAAAAGAAGGACCGAGAAGUGUCCCACACAGGAGCUUCCAUGUCCUCUGCUUCUUCAGACACUGGAAUGAGUCCCACGUCGUCCUCGCCUCCACAGAACGUGCUCGCUGUUGAAUGCAGGUGAUACUGGUCUUCUCUGCCUUGUGCAGCAAGUUGCUCUCAUGGACAGAAAUCCUGACCUACCGUAGAAAGUACUCAGCUGGUUUGACAUUGCCCAGUAUAUUCUGUAUACUCUUCCACUGCUGGACUGUGUCUGUCUCUUCUCCUUUGCGCCCCUCUCCUCCAUAUUGUCAUUCAGGAUUUUUCUCUUUUUUUAAAAAACAAAAACUUCCGUUGUGGGGAUUAAUUAAAUUAAUUGGCAAGGUGUAUUGUGUGCACUUAGACACAUCUCUGUCUUGGUGCUUUUCAGGGUUUUUUUUUUAUUUAAAACAGAAAAAGGGCACUUAAUGAAAUCUGGAGACACAAAUGUCUAAUUAAGCUUUUGGGUGCUAUAAGGAAAUUUGCUUUAAAAAAAAAAGAAUGAAAAACGGGGAGCGAGCACACCAACCCGGCAUCUGAACAGGUUCAUCAAAAUGCUAUUGCUGCACUUUUUUUUCACCAAGCUGUAUCUUAAUCCUGAGUAAGAGUCCCAUUGUUUUAUUUUUAAUAUUAUUAUUUUGAAGAAGCACUUGCAAUACAGACCUGCCAAAGUGUGUAUUCAGCAACGUGCCCAAUUUUAAAGGUGUAAAUUGGACAAAAUAUAUUGUGAAAGGAAGUGUAGUUGACUGGAAACUACCAUUGUAAUGAGUCUUCCACUUUUUUAUAGGAUUUUUGAGCACAUGAUUAUGCAAAUAUUUUAAUGUUUAAUGUUUACAGUGGAAUUGUGAAUAGGUUUUCAGUGGACUAUCUUAUCCCUUGACAAAAGUAUUUUGUCUUCUUUUCUAUGUAAUUUCAGAGUUUUUAUUUUGUUACAAAAAGGCAAAAAAAUAAAAUAUAUAACAAUGAAGUUAUUUAACAAGAUUUCUAAAGCAGAUUUUUUGUGUAAAAUAAGGUAUCUUGCAACUUGUUAAAUAUAUUUAUUCAGACAUUGGAUGUUGUAUUUUUAUGUGUUUUUUAAAAAAUAAAAUAAAAUUGGGAAGAAAAAAAAUCCGUUAGGUUCACUCUUUCGGUAAAAUAUACCUGUCACUUGAAAAAAACAACGAAACCCUGCCAUAUAUAGGAGGUUUCAGCCAUACCUGCAUAUGGGAGUGGUUUAAUCUGUUCAACUUUUCAGUGUAAAACUAAUCUGGCAUCUGGAUUAAACUUUAUCCUGUCUUGAGAACUUUGGCAGUCCUAAUACUUCUGUUGACUCUUAAGGAAACCGUUUUUCUUGGGUUGCCAUUACAGUGCUUGUCACACGUCUUCAUUUGCUGUUUUACUGAAGCUAGUCUUGUAUCUGCCAAAGUUGAUCUGUUAUCAUCCAAGGGUUUAACUUUACUGCUUUGGCUGUGGAUUGUCCCACAGUCUUGAGCUUGUAAAUAACUUUCCCAAAACCAUGUAUUUAAGGCGGUUUGCAUAACGCAUUGUGUAUAAAGUGAUUUUUUAAUCAAUUUUUUAAAAAAGUUCACCUUUGUACAUUGAAAAGGGGUUUUAUGCCUUUUUCCUUGUUAAUAUGGUGUAGAGUUAUAAGACAGAUUAUUACUAUCCUGAAAAUCUAGAUAAAGUUCACAAUCUGAAAGUCUCAACUGCAAGACUUGGGAAAGAGAGUCAUGAAAUGAAAGACGGCCUCUUUACCGUUUCAUUUUACCACUGUCAGCUUGUGAUUCCAGUUCCUUCCAUAUUCAUAGAGACUAAAGGAAAAAGUACUCUUGUAAAAAUGCACUUUUUCUGUCCUUUUCUUAAGCAGAGCUAUUUCAGUGUAUGAUGUAAAUGAAGCUCAGUGGAGAGCAUUAAUAAAGGUUAUGUUUUUAAA